AAUGGUACAUUUCCCCUUCACACCUCCAUCAAACAGUGUACGUAGCAGCAUCAAGCAACCGCCACUGAAAAGCUUCGCCGGAGAGAGAAAAACACUCAAUCGCUCGUCGCAACUCCCCGAUCUACCUCCGAUUCUCUCUCUCUCUCUCUCUUCCUGCUGCAUAUACAUCGGCUGACCUAUCCCUCGUUUGAUUGAUUGAUUGCUUGCUUGAUUGGUUUUUGCUUCCGAUGGCGCUUUCGGCCUCUGAUAUACCGACGAUGUACUCGUUGCUCGCCAACUCGCUGAGCGGCGACCAGAGCGUGCGCAAACCGGCCGAGUCCGCCCUCGCUCAGUCGGAGAGCCGACCGGGGUUCUGCUCUUGCCUCAUGGAAGUGAUAAGUUCGAGGGAUUUGGCGGCACAGGUCGAUGUUCGUCUACUGGCUUCGGUUUAUUUCAAAAACACCAUUAAUCGGUAUUGGAGGAACCGGCGCGAUUCAUCGGGAAUUAGCAAUGAGGAAAAAAUACACUUGAGACAAAAGCUGUUGUCACACUUGAGAGAGGAGAAUUAUCAGAUUGCCCUUACCUUGGCUGUGCUCAUCUCAAAAAUUGCUCGAAUUGAUUAUCCGAAAGACUGCUUGAGUUUGAAGGUCCCGUAUCAUCAACAUCCCUGCCGUUUUUGGCCAGAACUCUUUUCAGUUUUAGCACAACAGCUUCAGUCAGCAGAUAUUCUUACUUCACACAGGAUUUUUAUGAUUCUUUUUCGAACCUUGAAGGAGCUGUCUACUAAACGUCUUACUUCAGACCAAAAGAGUUUCGCAGAGAUAUCAUCUCAUUUCUUCGAUUAUAGUUGGCACCUUUGGCAAAGUGAUCUGCAAACCAUACUGCAUGGUUUCUCCCUGCUCACUCAAAACUCGAGUCCAAAUGCUUCAGAGCUGUGUCAUGAUGAUCUCUACCUUACAUGUGAAAGAUGGCUUCUCUGUGCGAAGAUAAUACGCCAACUGAUAAUUUCUGGAUUUCCGAGUGAUACAAAAUCAAUUCAGGAGGUACGGCCUGUUAAGGAGGUCUCUCCUGUUCUUUUGAAUGCCAUUCACUCAAUUCUUCCAUACUAUUUACCUUUCCAGGAACAUCAUGCUAAAUUAUGGGAGUUCUUAAAGAGGGCAUGCACUAAAUUGAUGAAGGUAUUGGUUGCAGUUCAGAGCAGACAUCCUUAUUCCUUUGGCGAUAAAAGUGUCCUUCCACUUGUUAUGGACUUCUGCCUGAAUAAGAUCACAGAUCCUAAACCGGAUAUCAUUUCAUUCGAGCAAUUCCUCAUUCAAUGUAUGAAGUUGGUGAAAUCAGUAUUGGAAUGUAAAGAUUACAAGCCAAGUUUGACUGGUCGUGUGAUGGAUGAAAGUGGAGUUACCCUUGAGUUGAUGAAGAAGAAUGUUUCUAGUGUUGUUGCUGGUGUUGUCACUUCUCUUUUGCCCAGUGACAGGGUAGUCCUCUUAUGUAACGUGUUGAUAAGAAGGUAUUUUGUUUUAACAGCAACUGAUUUGGACGCGUGGUACCAGAACCCCGAGUCUUUUCACCAUGAGCAGGACUCAGUUCUAUGGUCAGAAAAACUGAGGCCUUGCGCUGAAGCUCUCUACAUUGUUUUGUUCGAAAAUCAUAGUCAGCUGCUAGGUCCUGUUGUGGUUUCCAUUCUUCAAGAGGCAAUGAAUGGUUGCCCAACUUCAGUCACUGAAAUCACUUCAGGAUUACUUCUCAAGGAUGCUGCUUACGGUGCUGCUGCAUAUGUUUAUUAUGAGCUUUCAAAUUAUUUGAGCUUCAAAGAAUGGUUCAAUGGUGCGUUAUCACUAGAAGUAACAAAUGAUCAUCCGAAUAUGCGCAUCAUCCGUCGGAAAGUUGCACUCAUUCUUGGACAAUGGGUUUCUGAGAUUAAAGAUGACACCAGAAGACCAGUAUACUGUGCCUUGAUCCAGCUGCUUCAGGACCCGGACCUGUGCGUCAGGCUGGCAGCUUCUCGUUCUUUGUGCUUUCUUAUUGAAGAUGCAAACUUCUCGGAGAAAGAUUUUUCUGAUCUUCUUCCAAUAUGCUGGGAUUUAUGUUUCAAGUUGGUGGAGGAAGUCCAGGAGUUUGACUCAAAGGUUCAAGUUUUAAAUUCAAUUUCUGUUCUUCUCACACAUGGCGGUGAAAUCAUUCCAUAUGCAAGCAAGUUGGUACAAUUCUUUCAGAAGGCCUGGGAGGAGUCCUCUGGAGAAAGCCUUCUGCAGAUUCAGCUACUAGCAGCACUGAAGAACUUUGUGAUUGCACUUGGUUAUCAGUCUCCCAUUUGUUACAACAUGCUUCUGCCUAUCUUAAGAAGUGGAAUUGAUGUGAAUAGCCCGGACGAACUUCUGGAAGACAGUUUGUUGUUAUGGGAAGCCACACUUUCUCAUGCCCCCUCAAUGGCGCCUCAACUAUUAGGAUUUUUCCCUUGUCUUCUGGAAAUCCUGGAAAGAAGUUUUGAUCACUUGAAGGUUGCAGCAAAUAUCAGUGAAGGCUACAUUAUUCUGGGCGGAUCUGAUUUUCUCAGUUUGCAUGCUUCUAGUGUUGCUAAACUUCUUGAUCUGGUGGUUGGAAAUGUCAAUGAUAGAGGGUUGCUUUCAAUUCUUCCAGUCAUCGAAAUCCUAAUUCAGUGUUUUCCUGUGGAGGUUCCCCAAUUGAUUAGCAGCACUCUUGAGAAAUUGAUUGUUAUAUGCUUGACUGGAGGAGACGACCGUGAUCCAUCAAAGACGGCUGUGAAAGCAUCAACAGCAGCAAUCCUGGCAAGGAUUCUGGUCAUGAAUACCAAUUACCUUGCCCAAAUAACAUCAGAACAAUCGCUUUUACUACUUCUCCAGAAGGCGGGAUUCCCAAAUGAUGAGAAUAUACUUCUUUGUCUGAUUGACACAUGGCUCGAUAAGGUUGAUAAUGUAACCUCUAUCCAAAGAAAGGCAUUUGGUUUAGCCCUUUCUGUAAUUUUGACAUUAAGAUUGCCUCAAGUCCUUGAUAAGCUUGAUCAGAUCCUAAGCGUUUGUACCAGUGUAAUAAUAGGGGGAAGUGAAGAUUUCGCAGAGGAAGAGUCCAGUAGCAUUAAUAUGAGCCCCAGCAGGCCUCAUGUUCCAAGUAAAGAGUUCAGGAAAAGACAGAUCAAGUUCUCAGACCCUAUAAACCAGUUGUCUUUAGAGAACUCGGUGAGAGACAAUCUUCAAACUUGUGCAGCUCUUCAUGGGGAAUCUUUUAAUUCGGCAAUUGGUAGAAUGCAUCCGGCAGCAUUUGCCCAAUUAAAGCAGGCAUUGAAAAUGUCAUAGGCUGGAUGGGGUGUAUGAAUCUUGUGGUUAUGGCAUUCUCAGCCCCUUCCUGCUCCAUUUUUUCCAUUAUUUGGUAGAAAGAGAAGAUAUAGGGUGAUGUUGAAGUUUUUUGACCGUGCUCCGGUGGUAUCUGCAUUCUUUGAUUUUCUUCACAUAUUGGGCCUGAUUUUGUUGGCUGCCUUCUUCCUCUUUCUUUUCUUUUCCUCUUUUUUUUUUUGUUUUUGCAUUCCACCAAUUUUAGGCUGUUGUAAAUGCUUCCUCAGCGCCCCUGGACUGUAGAUAGCACAGGUUUGAUUGUUCCUGAGAUGGAUAUAUUAAAUUUGUAGAGAGAGAGAGAGAGAGAGAGAGAGAGAGAGAGAAUGUGCAAGAACUGGCCUUCUCAAUGGAAAAGAUUUUGCUUGUGCU